AUGGAGAACACAAGCAGUGUGAAGGAAUUCGUUCUUCUGGGCUUCUCAGAGAAUCAGAGGGUGCAGAAAAUAUGUUUUGUGAUGUUUCUGUUCUUCUACAUGGUUAUUGUGUCAGGAAACCUGCUCAUUGUUAUCACUGUAACUAGCAGCCAAGGCCUGAACUCCCCCAUGUAUUUCUUCCUCUCCUACCUGUCCUUGGUAGACAUCUGUUACUCUUCCGUCACGGUUCCCAAAAUGAUCGCUGACUUCCUUGUUGAAAAUAAAACCAUCUCCUUUGUGAGCUGCAUAGCACAAGUCUUUGGGGUGCAUUUCUUUGGCUGCACAGAGAUCUUCAUCCUCACAGUGAUGGCCUACGAUCGCUACGUUGCCAUCUGCAAACCUCUCCACUACACCACCCUCGUGACCAGGCGCGUGUGUGGCUGGAUGGUGAUCAGCUCAUGGGUGGGAGGCUUCUUGCACUCCCUAGUGCAGACUCUCAUGGUCACUCCUCUCCCCUUCUGUGGUCCUAACAAAGUUGACCACUACUUCUGUGAUGUGCGCCCCCUGCUACGACUGGCCUGUAGCAACACCUACGUUGUGGGCAUCGUGGUUGUCGCCAACAGCGGAAUGAUAAGUCUGAGUUGUUUCUUCAUCGUGCUCACGUCCUACGUUGUCAUCCUGAUCUCUUUGAAAGGUCAAACACCUGAAGGGUGGCACAAGGCCCUCUCCACCUGUGGGUCACACAUCACUGUGGGGAUUCUGUUCUUCGGGCCGUGCACGUUCACCUACAUCCGUCCGUCCAGCAACCUGUUGCAGGACAAAAGCGUGGCUGUGUUUUACACUGUCAUCACCCCCAUGCUGAACCCCCUCAUCUACACGCUGAGAAACGAGGAGGUGAAGAGUGCCAUGAGAAAACUGUGGCACAGAAAAGUGGCCAGUGAAAAGGGGAAGGUGUAG